CUACAAGGCGCGGUACUGGCAUCUGAGCAAAGUCGUCUUCUUGCACGUUCUCGCCGUGCUCUGCACCUCGCCAGAGAUGAAACUUGCGAUGGACGCCAUCCAUACCGCCCACAGUACGUGCGCCAGCGCCAUUUUGCCGCCGUGUUUGUGGCUACGCCAUCCCAGUGCGUUUCGCCACCUCGUGCUGGGUCUGCGACAGCCCUCUCUAGUCACUGUCGCCAAGUGUGCCCACGUGGUGGCUCAGAUUCUAACAACCGCAACGACAGCAACGACCGUCAAUGCGUUGGAGCUGCUGACGCAAGACACGAUAGCAACGAUGCACGCUGCGUUCUGGCGCUCGCACGACAGCUACAAAGCGAGCGUGCUGCUGGAGAGCAUUUGUAUGUCGUUGCACAUGCUCGAAGUCCAAGCGCGGCGAAAGCUCGUUGGGAGCCUCGACACGAAUGGCGCGCCACCGUUGAGCCUUCUCGGUCGCGUCAAAGCGUGCAGCGCCCACCUCUCGUCGAGCGUGAAAUCGCUUGUCAUUCGGUCCAAGAACUCGCUUCAAACCAGACUGUCGCACGAUGCGAGCGGCGUUGAUGCGACAGAAGAGACGACGCCGCCUUUCUCGUAUGGGCCGAUCCAGCCGCCGACGCAUUGCCGCCCGCCGCCACUGCUUGACGCAGCACCGUCUCUUCGCCGCAUCAAAUCGAACACCGGCAUCGCCAAGGCUGUCGAACAUAGCCGUGUGCUGCAAGAAGUACCGCAUAUUUUGAUCCCGUCGCGCAUCAAAGUCCUCAACUUUGUCACGCCAGCGAUCCUUGUCGAGAUCGAGCGACGCCAGGCGCUCCGAGACGAGUUCAAGACCGCGCUUCAGCGUGCGCUGGACACGAGUCGCCAGGAUGUCAGGCGCGGUCCAUCGGUGACCGACGUCGCACUGCGCCGGCGGCACACGAGCCAACGUAACCAGUUUCUCGUCUCGAUCGCGACAAAGCUCUAUACGAGCGCGGAAGAGUGCGCGAUCGUCGAAUUUGCUGCGACCGCGCUCGAUCCCGAGGUUCAAGCUUUUUUCGAGCAGAACGUGCGACCUCUCGUUUCGCUGUUGCAGACGCCGCACCAAAGUCCGUGGCACCGACUGCGAUUUUGGCAACGCUAAUACAAGCCAACUACAACGAGGAACGCUUGGAAUCGACGGGGAACAUGCUAGAGUCUUGGGAAUAUAGAGGUUCGUCCCCG